AUGCAUCUUUUGCUCUUCGCCCUAUUGUUCCACUUCGUCCUCGGUAUAACGUUCGUCGUUCCCGAAUCGUCUCCUGUCGGCCAUGUGAUCGGUUACGUCGAGGGACGACCUACUCUUUCCACUCAACCAAAAUAUUUCGUCGUUUACCCGGAUAGCGUUUCCGAACAGAUUCUGAGAAUCGACGAGAAAUCGGGCGAAAUCACACUUAUCGCGCAAUUGGACUUUGAGAAGCACAAGAAGUUCGAGAUUUUGGCGGUACCGAUCGAUGGCGGAGAUGGGAUACAGGCUACAAUCGAAGUCGAAGACGUGAACGAUCAUGCACCUACUUUUCCAGAAGAUCACAUCAAGCUCGAAAUCUCGGAAUUCGCUCGAAUUGGCGCCGCUUACCCACUCCCCAGAGCUGAAGACUCCGAUGGACCCACUUACACUGUGCAGAAAUAUCGCAUUGCUCAAGGAAAUGUGAACAAUGUGUUUAAGGUGGCUGUUCGUCCGGUUAAUGGAGUUCUCUACGCCGAUUUGGUGGUGAACGGGCAGCUCGAUCGAGAGUAUCGGGAUAAAUACGAGCUGAUCGUCGAAGCAAUCGAUGGUGGAACGCCAGCAAAAAUUGGUCGAUUACGAGUAAAUAUACAAAUCCUGGACGCCAAUGACAACGCUCCAAUGUUUACAAAACCUCGCUACAGUAUCGCCAUUCCUGCAAAUACGAGCAUUGGAUCACAAAUUCUCACUCUGAAAGCUACCGACGCUGAUGUUGAGAAUAACGGAAAAGUAGCGUUUCGAUUUCAGAAGACCCGAAGCGACAUAUUCCCAUUAUUCUCGCUUUCAUCAAGCGGUGUCCUUUCUACAGCCGCGCAUCUUUUACCUGGAACGGUGCACGAUCUAGUAGUUGUGGCCUACGAUGAAGGAGUACCGUCUCUUGAGACGACAGCCAUUGUGACAGUUACCGUACAGGGCACAUCGCUGACCGCACCUGCAGUGGACAUCAUCUGGUUGACCGAGACGGCAACUGCGCAUUUUUUGGAAAACAUCACGCUGGGCACGAUUGUGGCAAGACUUAGUCUAAACGAAGAGCAGAAAGACAGUGUUGUCACUCUCACUGGAUGUCCAUCGCUUUGCCUGCGACAAAGUCAGUCGCCAUCGGUCUAUUUGCUCCUUGUUUGUGGCCUUUUCGAUCGCGAAUCCUCUCCUGAGUAUCAUCUGAAGUUCAGUUUGAAGAGAGACGACGAACUCGUUCUUGAACAUCCUGUGCUCCUUACUAUCGGUGACAUCAACGACAAUUCACCGAUAUGGCCACACUCUCAUAUGCACGUCACGCUGAAUCGUUCAAUCGCGAUUUCCGACCAAACCGCGUCGCUGACGGCUACAGAUCCAGACCAAGGUGUCAAUGGCAGAAUUCGCUACAGCAUACUUGAUUCGGACAUUAUCGCAAUAGAUCCCGAUACUGGCCGACUUACACCGUUGAAGGAGCUCGACUGCUCAUUGGGACAAGAGAUUCGUUUCAAAGUUCGAGCAGCUGAUGGCGGUGUGCCAAGCUUAUACUCAGAUUUGCAAGUGACUGCCGACCUCGUCGAUGGUUACGGUCGUCCUCCACUUUUCCAGAAAUCGCUCUACGAGGUGGAAAUCUCCGAGGAAAGCGAGAUUGGCACAUGUUUGCUAAAGGUAACCAUUAGCUCUCUCGUAUCAGCACAACCAAUCAUAGCUCGAUCUUUGUUUGACUACGGUAUGAUCCGCAGCUGA